GCCGCUGUUGGCGGUCUGCCGUGUUUUCCUACUCACCGCUCCUUGAAUGACUUGUACCGACUUCUUCAGCUGGCGCUCCCUGUGUCCACCGGCAGUUUUCCGCUGUCUCAACCGAGUCUGUGUGACUUACCAGGAAGCUGGAUCUUCUUCGUGACCUACAGACUCGAAGCCUUUUGUAGCAGAUUAUCGGAGCGUGUGGGAGAGCAUCAUGUGGAGGAAGGCUUCUGUAGCAGCCGUGCUGGCACUAGCUGUUGGCUAUUUCUACCACGGUAGCCCGGACCUGCCGGAGCAGAUCCUGCAGUAUGUCAGCCUGCCAAACUUCCACACGUCAUCUCAGACCCUGACCGGUCAGAACAGCCUGGAGCAGGUGAUCUCCACCGCCUGGGAGGCUUUGAUAACUCUACCAACCCGGCAGUGGAGCAAAGUGGCAGUGGGGGUGAAUGCCUGUGUGGACGUGGUGGUCUCAGGAGUGGGACUCCUGCAGGCUCUGGCUGUGGAUCCUGGCACCGGCCGGGAUCACGAAGUGUUGCACUCCAAAGAGGACUUGAAGGAAGCCUUUAUCCAUUACAUGGGGCGUGGAGCAGCUGCUGAGCGUUUCUUCAGCGACAGGGAGGCCUUUCAGAGGAUUGCACGUGCAGCAGCAGAGUACCCCAAUGCAAAACUGUAUGUGGGAGGAAAUGCUGCCCUGAUUGCUCAGAAGCUUGCCACCUACCCUGAUCUGAUGGUUUUACUCUGUGGCCCAGUUGGUCCUAAACUUCAUGAGAUGUUAGAUGAGCAGAUAAUUGUUCCCCCAGACUCCCUUCAGGAGACAGAUGAGUUUCACCUCAUCCUGGAGUAUAAAGCAGGUGAGAAGUGGGGUUCAACUCAGGCACCUCAAGCCAACCGCUUCAUCUUCUCUCAUGACGUGUCCAACGGGAAGAUGAGCUCACUGGAGACUUUUGUGGCGAGUCUGGAGGAGUUCCAGCCCGAGCUGGUUGUCCUGUCUGGGCUCCACAUGAUGGACGGUCAGGGCAGAGAGCUGUGGGAGGAGCGGCUGAAAGAGGCUGUCUCAGCCAUAUCCGACAUUCGUAAAGACAUUCCCAUCCACCUGGAGCUGGCAAGCAUGACUGACAAAGACUACAUGAACAGCAUAAUGCAGGAGCAGGUUAUGCCCAUUGUCAGCUCCAUUGGGCUGAACGAACAGGAGCUGCUCUUCCUCUCUCAGGCCGGAGAGGGGCCUCAUGCAGAACUGGCGGCCUGGAAAGGCAUCCCAGAUGUAGGUCGGGUCAGCGACAUCCUCCUCUGGAUCCUGGAGCAGCAUGGCCGUACUGACCCAUCAUCAGAAGCGGAUCUCACUCGCAUCCACUUCCACACUCUGGCCUACCACAUCCUUGUUACAGUAGACGGAUACUGGGGGAACCAGGUGGCGGCGGUGUUGGCCGGAGCGCGGGUGGCCUGCACUCAGGCCUGUGGCCUCCAGUCUGUUGAUGUCAGCAAGGUGGAGCUCAAAGCCCCUCUGGAGUUUCACAGCUCUCACACAGAGCCACGGGAGCAGCUGUCCCUGAACCCAGCAGAGCCUGUCACAGUGUGGCAUCGAGGAAACGUCACCUUUCACUUCACACCGGUGCUGGUCUGCAAACGCCCGCUUCGGACAGUUGGGCUUGGGGAUGCCAUCUCAGCAGAGGGACUACUUUACUCCGAGUUGCUUACCCAGCAGCCUAUCUGAGGUUUGCUUCCAUCUGACUGUCAGUGUGGGAAAACGAUGGGAGGAGCCGAAAAGAACCGGCAAAGUCUCACCUGCAGCUGUGGUCGAUGGGCUGGAGUCAUCUGGACCAGUUCAGAUCUCCAGUUUUAAAUCCUGCCUGAGGACUCCUCCAGCCUGCUCUGCUCUCCUCUGCUGUCCCUCCUUUAUUUUGCUCCAGCAGACACAGAAACUGAGGCUGAACUUCGCUGUGAGCUGU